AUGGACUAUGCAUAUUUUCUGUGGUCGUUUAGUGAAUUUCACAAUCGAACAUGUGUUGAUGCUUUGAAUAUAAUAGCAAAUCUAUGUCGAUGGUUGAAAACAUAUUAUUACAAAAAUAAUAUGCUUCCAAUACAUGCAAUUAUGUCCGUUCUACAACAAAUAUCAAUCAAUUAUCUUGGGCAAGCAGUAACUACAGUUGACAUCGAUGAUGAAAUUAAAGGGUAUAUCUAUAAAGCACGAGCUCAAUACCUAGAACAAAUGUAUCAUGUGAAACAUAUCGCAUGA